CCACAUAAAUCUGUGAGCAGAAAAAAGAACAUAAUUGAUCGUUUGCCCAUACGAAAGCUGAUUUUUCGAUUUUUCCUUGAGGCUUUUUUCAUAUUUCAUCGAAUACUUUUUGAAAACUUCAGAAGAAUUUAACAAAAAACGGACAAUUAAAAUGACUGGUGCGGGUAAUAAUGUCAUUGACCCUAGAAGACCGAAUAAAGUUGUCAGGUAUAAGCCACCACAACAAGGAGGCCCAUCUGAUGAUCCUACACCUGAUUAUAUGAACCUGCUUGGAAUGAUAUUUAGUAUGUGUGGACUUAUGAUGAAGUUAAAAUGGUGUGCUUGGGCAGCAGUUUAUUGUUCUUUUAUUAGUUUUGCAAAUUCUCGUACAUCAGAAGACACCAAACAGAUGCUCAGUAGUUUUAUGUUAUCAAUAUCAGCAGUUGUGAUGUCAUAUUUACAGAAUCCUCAGCCAAUGUCACCACCAUGGUAGCAUUUUUUAUCAGAACCUUGUUACUUCAUUCAGAGUAAAGUUGAGAAAUGUGGUCUUUAAUGUGUUUACAUUGUAUUGAGUAUACAUUGUUUGAAGAAAAUAUGUAAUUCCAUUCAAAUGUUCAAACUAUUCAUCAUGUUCAUUGAUGUUAUGCUUUUAUAACAUUUAAGAAAUUAAGAACAUUGAUCCACAUAUUCAUGUUAUUCCACAACUAUUUUUAAACAGAACUGAAAAAGAAAUCAUGUACAAAGUGUAAAAUAGAAUGAAUGUUCAGUGCAAUAAAGAUGUUUAUAAAUUGAAA